UCAUGACCUUAAUUCAAGUUCAACAGACUUGCACGGAUGGAUGGUUGGUAAUCAGAGUGAAAAGUCAAAUCGUGGAAUAUGGAUGAUCGAUCAAGAGUGGGACCACGGUGCGGGAUGAGGAUUUGCAUAAAAGAUCACUCAAGGAAGAGAGACAGGAUGCCUCGAAGGCGGAGGUAAACAAAAAGAAAGUGACCCGAUUAAAGAAAGUCAAGGAGGGGGCCUUGGGUGAGAGGAGGCGGGCUGGUGUCUGUUCAGUCAUGGUCGUGUCCCUCGGUACAUCGCUCCUCUGCCUUCUUUUGCUCGGAGCCGCGCACUCGGUCGAGUUCAGGUUUCCAGGGGAGAGGUCGAAGGUGAACAAGAACGAGACCCAAGAGUCGAGAAGGGUCGUCAUGAGCAACGAGGUCGCCCCGAAGAGGCAUCACAACGACGCGGUCAUCCUCAUGCACGUCAUAUCCAACAAAAUGAGGAACUCGACCACGACUGAGUCGCACGACGACCCGAGGGGUUUCCAACAAUCCCUCGUCGAAAUGCUCGGAAAGAUGAUCCCUCAGUCAUGCUGGUAUCGUGGGACGCAAUUCGAAUGCGGCCUUUCACUAUCCUGCGUUAUCGAAGGCGGAAAACCACUAGAUCUCUGUUCCGGAGGGAUGAUCUGGAGUUGCUGCGUUUCCAGGGACAAAGCUCACUCGGCUUCAGACCCGGCGUUGGGAGCCGUUGAAAAUGCAACUCUGGCGUUCCUGCAGGCCCAGCAGUUCCAGGGCGUCCACCCAUUUCACCCGCAGCCACAACAGCCAGAAGAACAGGGCGAGAGUCAGCACGAGUACUUCUGGAACCUUCCUCCUCCUCAACGUCCCAGGCCACCCCAUCACCAUACCUACUUCCCUCCCAUUGCUCCCAUUCCCCCGAUAUCGCCGUUACCCCAGUACCCGCAUAAUUACCAACGACCCGAUUACCGCCCAACGCAUUCCACCCCAUACCCACCGAUAAUACAUUCUCCGACGUUCCACGACAACCACCUCGGAUUUAGGGGGUGCGGAGAAAUUUAUUCAAGAAGCCACCGGAUCGUCGGAGGCCAUAGUUCUACGUUUGGAACACAUCCAUGGCAGGCGGCGAUAAUUAAAACCGGCUUCCUGAGCAAGAAACUCUCCUGCGGCGGAGCUCUAUUGAACAACAGAUGGGUCGUCACGGCAGCUCACUGCGUCGCAACGACGACUAACAAUAAUCUGAAGGUGCGACUAGGAGAGUGGGACGUGAGGGAUCAGGCUGAAAGACUCCUGCAUGAAGAGUACAACAUUGAAAGGAAAGAGGUGCAUCCGCAGUAUAGUCCUACUGACUUUAGGAACGAUCUCGCUUUGGUCAAGCUCGACAAACAGGUCAACUUCAAACAGCACAUCCUCCCAGUCUGCCUUCCGGACACGACGACCAAAUUGGUCGGGAAAACGGCUACAGUCGCCGGUUGGGGCCGUACGAGACACGGCGUCGUCACCGUGCCGACGGUGCUGCAGGAAGUCGACGUCGAAGUCAUACCGAACGAGAGGUGCCAGAGGUGGUUCAGAGCGGCCGGAAGAAGAGAAACGAUACACGAUGUCUUCAUCUGCGCCGGCUUCAAAGAAGGAGGAAGAGACAGUUGUCAGGGCGAUUCCGGCGGUCCUCUGACGACGACGUUGGACGGUAGGAAAGUGCUGAUAGGUCUAGUUUCUUGGGGCAUCGGCUGCGGCCGCGAGCACCUCCCCGGCGUCUACACCAACAUCCAGAGGUUCGUCCCUUGGAUCGAAAAAGUGAUGACGUAGUGUCAGUGCAAUCAAAUCAUCAAAAGCGAAUCUGGACUGAGUCAGAACAAAGAAAAAACGGCGACAAACGCGAUAUAAUGUGAUAUAAUUCGAACUGAUUAGUUUGGGACUUGAAAACCAUUUUAUCCACAGAUAGGCAUUUGACUCAGAUAAAUAGAAAUUUGAACUGUCCUAGGUCGCAGAUUCUUUUUACUAUUCAAGCAUAUAACUCAGCGGGUUUGCCAUAUUACCUGUAACUCGUAAUUGUAAAUACCUCAAUGAGCAAAUAUGGCAACUUGUUAUUACAGAAACAUCAGAAAGGAUAAUUAUGUACAUUCCAAAGAUAAUUUAUACAACUUUAGGUAAGACAAAUUGUAAAUAUAGCAUGUAGUACGUAACAUGUAAAUUCAGGGAUUUUUUAUUUUAUUUAAACGGCAUUUGUAUGCUUGAUAGCAAUAUUUUUUCCAUUGGAUGAACCA